CGCCUCUAUCCUUCCACCAUAGCUUAGUCAUUCAAGUGUUACAUUCCUUUAAUAUAUCUCUUGUACUUUUGCUUGUAUAUUGAAGGUUUGCAAAAUUUUUUGAAGAAUAGAAUUCAUCCAACAGUGUAAAUUUGUUUCUAUACACUUGCUUUUCAAGUAUGGAAUUGCGAUUUACGUACGCAGGAAAUGUCACUUCACUUUCUUUUCAUGAAGAAGAUACUAUUUGGUCAGCAAAAGAAAAAUUGAGCCAGGAAAUAGGAUUUUCGCCAGAUCAAAUCAAGCUUCUUUAUAAAGGGUCAUUGUCAAACGAAUCCAAGUUGCAAGAUGUUGUCAAAGACAAGGCAAAAAUUAUGACCAUUGUAAAUAAAAAUGCAAACUUGAUCAACGAGACUAUAUCGCAACUCAAUUCUCCUAGAAAAAAUGUUGCCAGUUCUUAUGCUUUGAAGCCAAAGAAACCUCGGUCGUCCCCUAAACAAGCAUCCCCAUACACAUUCAAUCAACUCCAUGUGCUUGAUUAUCCUUUUAAAGACAGAGCUUUGAAAUACCUUGAACGUCUGCGUGAUGAUGCCGGUAUUCAACGAAUUAUGAAUUCACAUCAAUGGACAGUCUCUCUGCUAACUGAAAUGGAUCCCGCAGAGCAUACCCAACAUGACUCGAAAACAUUGGGUUUGAACCAUAACCAUGGUGCCCAUAUUGAACUUCGAUUGCGGACAGAUCAGUAUGAUGGGUUUCGAGACUACAAAACUGUGAAAAGCACACUUAUUCACGAGUUGUCACACAAUGUUCAUGGAGAACAUGAUGCUUCUUUCUGGGAGCUCUUCCGACAACUUACCAACGAAGCAGAUGCCGCUGACGUUAUGUCAAAACCAGGUCGUUAUGUGAGUGAACAAGCAACUUAUACUCCUCAAAUCGAUGAAGCUACGGACGAAGAUCAGAGAGACCACAAGAGAGAUUUGCUAUUAGCAGCAGCAGAACGAAGAAAAAAUGCAAAAAAUUAACUAUUUUAAAGAAUCCCUCCCGUGUGUUUUAUGAUUUUACAAAAAGAAUGACAUGUAUAGAUAGGAUCGGUUACUAGUUGUUACUACUUCAAUGAAUAGAUGAUAUAUGGACAGAUGGGCUUAUGUAUGUUAAACAAAUAUAUAAUAGAUCAAAGCUUUCAAUUGAGAAUAGAGGGAAUCGUAAAUCUAUCAUAUCAUGGAAAAUAAAGC